AUGCCUGCUACAAACCAAAUCCCUGCGUCCGUGACUGACGAGGCACAAGACUCGGUGUCUCUGGUGUCUCCCGCCCCAACUUUACAAGGCGAUCACACGCCAAAUUCAGUCCAUCAAAUUCCAGUCCGGAGUCAUUCUCAGAAGUCGUAUAACAACGAGCUGCUUCCGACAACGGAUGAUACAGGUGUUUUGAUUGUUGACUGGGACGGCCCAGAUGAUCCUCAAAAUCCCAAAAAUUGGAGUCUCAGACGCAAAUGGGCCGCAACAAUAAUUUUGUCAUCGUUUACUUUCAUUAGCCCAGUUUCUUCCUCUAUGAUCGUGCCUGCUACUAGCGAAGUAGCGUCUACCUUCAAAAUUAACGAUGAUGCUAUACUUGCACUCACAACAUCUAUCUUUGUGCUUGCAUAUGAUAGGCUAAUUUGUGAGAUUUACGGACGGUCACGCGUUCUGCAAUUGGCGAAUCUAUGGUACCUCGGAAUUUUGAUUUUUAACUACAAAGUAUUGUUUCUGACUGAUUUACCUCUCCAGAUUGGCGGGGGCUUUCUUGGGGACUGCUGGCAGCCAGAUGAACGAGGUCAGGCUGUUGCCAUUUACUCCUUAGCUCCGUUAUUGGGCCCCGUCCUGGAACCUAUCACAGGGGCCUGGUUAUUCUGGUCUACAUCUAUUUUAGGUGUGACUAUUCAAAUCCUCGGAGUGUUUUCAAUUCGAGAGAGUGGGUGCCGUACUAGAGAAAUUCGUACUGUGUUCGACAACCAAGAUCGUUGUUGGCGGACUAUCAUGGCCAAAUCCCUCAGUCGCCCCUUUGCACUCUUUGUCCAUGAGCCGAUCGUGCAGCUCCUCGGCGUUUAUAUGGCAUAUCAAUACGGAUUACUUUAUCUCUUUCUGACGACGAUUCCAUCGAUAUUUCGUGGUGUAUACCAGCGGCCGAUAGCAAUCGCCGGCCUCCAUUACAUUGCACUUGGCAUAGGGAUGAUAGUGGCGGCCCGAAUAAAUGCGAAAACGAUGGACAAGAUUUAUAUUCAUUUCAAGAGUAAAAACGGUGGAGUUGCGAAGCCGGAGUUCAGAUUGCCUGCGAUGGUUCCCGGAUCUGUGCUACUUCCAAUAGGGUGUUUGAUCGCAGGCUGGACUUCUGAAGCCCAUGUUCAUUGGAUAGCUCCAGAUAUUGGUAUCGCGCUUGUGGGAGCAGGCAUUAAUCUGAGUUUCCAGUGUAUCCAGGCAUGCAUUAUUGAUUGCUUUGCGCUUCAUGCUGCUUCCGGCUUUGGAUUUCCCUUGUUUGCUCCAGCGAUAUACACCACACUCGGGUUCGGGAAGGGCGAUACUAUUCUGGCGGUCGUAGCAAUCAUAGUAGGCUGUCCCGCACCCUGGAUAUUUUGGCAUUAUGGAGAGCAGAUACGGAACAGCAGUCGAUAUGCGCGGCGAUGA